AUGGUGUAGUUGGUGUGCUAUUGCAGAAAUGUGUCUGUGUGUCUCCCAUAGACAUGAAGAGAUGUCUUCUGUGCCCCAAGGAGCAGUACUCGAGCCACGGUAGAAACCACUGCCUGCCCAGGACAGAGCUCUUCCUGGCCUUUGAGGAACCUCUGGGAUUCAUGCUGGCUUUGGUGGCACUCUUGCUGUCUGGUCUUGCUGUCCUGGUUCUGGGAGUGUUCCUGAAGCACAGGGACACCCCUGUGGUGAGGGCCAACAACAGAACCCUCAGCUACUUACUCCUGGUGUCUCUUUCGCUCUGUGCCCUGUGUGCAUUGCUGUUCCUUGGACGCCCCAGUGUGACCACGUGCCUCCUCCGUCAGACCACAUUUGCUGUGGUGUUCACGGUGGCUGUCUCCUCCGUUCUGGCCAAGACUCUCACAGUGGUCCUGGCCUUCAGAGCCACCAAGCCUGGGGGCAGGAUCCAUGUUUGCUUGAACCCCAGAGCUUCCACCGCAGUGGUCCUCAUUGCUUCCUUCAUUCAGGUUGUUCUUUGUGCGGUCUGGUUGGCCACCUCUCCACCAUUCCCAGACAGGGAUAUGAUCUCUGAGCCCCAGCACAUCGUCAUCCAGUGCCAGGAGGGUUCUGGCACUGUCUUCUUCUGUGUGCUGGGCUACUUGGGGUUCCUGGCAGGGGGAACCUUCACUGUGGCUUUUCUGGCCAGGGGGCUACCAGAUGUCUUCAAUGAGACUAAGUUCCUGACCUUCAGCAUGCUGCUCUUCUGCAGUGUCUGGACAACCUUCCUGCCCCUGUACCACAGUUCCCGGGGCAAGUCCACUGUGGCUGUAGAGAUCUUCUCCAUCCUUGCCUCCACUGCUGGGCUUCUGGGUGGCAUCUUCAUCCCCAAGUGCUACAUUAUCUUGCUGAAACCAGAGAAGAACCCAUCCUAGCUCAGGCAAGGCCACCAGGCACAACAGGAUAGGUAG